GAAGGCAGAGCUUCAUGAUGUGUGUUUGGUGAAGAACAAGUGGUUCACUUGUGCUUGUGUUGGUCAAUCGGUGUAGUUUGCUAGCAGCUGAGCUAGCUUUAGACACCAACACAUCAGCAGCUAUGGCGUUCAAGUUGAUGUGCAGUGUGGCGUUACUCCUGUCCUUAUGGUUCACGGCAGGAUGUGACUUUCUGGUGGAAGGCGUUCUGAAAAUGGAGUGUCAUGAUCGCUACUUCAUGAUAGCCAUUGACCUUGCAACCACCGGAGAAGCUCCUCGCUUCGAGGCUGUUGAUGGAACGGGCACAUACGCCAUCACUGAGGAUUAUGCAGCAAAGUGUGGUUACAGUAUCAGCGUUCUCUCUUUUCUGGGCCUGGUGGAGCUCAGAGCGUCUUACUUCAGCUGUCACACUGUAAAGGAGGCUGGAUUCUCGUUCAGAUUUAACCUGAUAACGACCUACCAGGGGGUAGAUGCCUACUAUGCGCUCAAUAGGACUUGUUCUCCCCCUCUGUCAUGGUCGCCUAGAGAAGUUACCUGUGAAAUCAACUACAUGGAGGUGUCUGUGAGGAGUGAACUUCCUUGUCCGUCUGGAUUGAGCAAUGACUGGAGCGCUCUCGGCCCUUUGUACAGUGCCGCCUCCCAAGACUGGCAGGUGACCUUUCAGAACCCAGACGAGCAGUUUCCGCCCAUGAACCUGUCUCGUGCUCGCCGGGAGGGCUACGUGUUUGACCUCUUCAAUGAAAGGAUUGUGUUUCGUACGCCGUAUGGUCAGCCAGACUCGUACAGCACCGAGGUGAACGGGGUUCCAGUGGAGGUGGUCCAUGCAACGGUGUUCUCCCGGCAAAGCUGGGUGGUCAUCAUGGUUGACCUGAUCGCUGCUUGCUCUUUGGAUGAAGGCUCGUUUGACAGUGGCUACAUGAUCUGGGACACUCCAGAAGCGCUCUAUCCCAGUCUUGGUAGCACACAGAUCAGUCUUGGUCUUAAUGGUAACCUUGUAGAGGAGGCUGCUGCGGAGCAGAAGGGUUUUGUUAUGGCAAGGUACAACUCGACAGUCCAAAUUGGAAUCCCUUAUAAUGCUGAAGGAGGCUACAGGAAGAGCUUUGUGAGUGACGGCAUCUUUGAGUUCUACAUCUUCAACCUUUACCUGAAACAAACUUCAGUGGAUGAACGCCACGAAGAGACUGCGCUGCGGUUUCACAGGACUCUCGUCACGCCCCUCCUGCCGUCUUCACUUACCACUGAAGACCAAACUAACGUUGCAGAAGGCGCCUUCACAAUCGUCCUGGGCAGAAUUCCCAGAGAUGUUCAGCUGACGUCCGUCCAGCUGAACGGACAGGAAUUGUCUGUGCCCUUCAGCGACGCCGCCCCGUACACCCUGACAGAAGUCGUCCAUUCCAACAAAACUCACAGCUACACUCUGAAAGUGCCGUUGGAUGACCCAGUUGUCAUACAGGAGUUCUCCAAAGAGAAUGCAGCCAUGUUGCACAAACUAGAUGUCAACUGCACCCUGAUUGCCAUACCUGGAAAUGAGCCAUACUACCACACAGUCUCAGUCACGGCACUAAUGGGUGUCUCUCCUCCGUCUUUUGACGCGGUCUGUACGGCGUCUGGGAUUGACUUCAAGUUGGCCUAUCGCUCUUUCGACUACCUGUGGGACAUCAGCAUUGGCUCAGACCGACUGACACCGGCGCUGGCAGCCAAGCGUGGCUACACCAUGAGCAAUGACAGCCAGAGUCUGCUGCUCAGCGUGCCACUGUUCACACAUGGCUACAAAUACAAGGAUGUAACGCUGAAAGGUUUUCUCGGGACAUUUGAGAUCCUCGUGAGGGACCGCGACACCUCCAACGUCCAGACUUCAACCAUCAAGACAUGCCUGUUUAAUACCACGGAGCUCAUUUUGUGUUCAACUAAUGGGUGGAUGACUGUGGCAACUGAUCUGGCUGCAGUCCUCCCAAGUGGUGAGAUCCCAACAAACACUCACCUCAUUAACAGCCUCUGUGUGCCCAAAGAAGCGGAUGGUACACGCGUGCUCUUCUCUCUACCACUUCACAGCUGUGGCUCUGUAGUUAAGCUGGCAAAGGGAAAUGUGACUUAUCAAAACAAGAUCUACUCUGUUCUUGCUGACAACGUUACUGAAGGGAUGACCGUGCAAUGCACGUACCCUCUAACUAGUCUCCACCUACUCUUCUCAAGUCACAAAUUUGAAUCUGACAAAGAAGGGGUUGGCAGUAUAAUUCCUUUCUUGGAACCUACAAAAGCUACACCAACUCAAACUGUGACGAGUCCUGGAACUACAACCACAGUUGCUCCCCAAAGAACCAGAAGUCCUAACUUGCACCUCCCACCGUUCUAUCCCACAGCACGCUACAUCAAAGUUUACAGGGUUCAGAACCAAUUUGGCCCGUUCAGUAAAGGCCCUAAAGGAUCCAUGCAAGUAAAGCAGUUUCCUCGCCACGUUUAAGGAUAUUUAUAAUUUUAAGUGUUACUAAUUCAAUAAAGAUUCUUAAAAGCUACCAAA